AUGCCAGGCGCGUCCCUCCUCGUGCUCUACGCCUCUCAGACUGGCAACGCGCAGGAUGUGGCGGAGCGCAUUGGGCGGGAGGCGCAGCGCCGGUACUAUGCCGUGCGUGUGCUGCCCGCCGACGCCUACCUGCCCCGUGUGGCGCAGCUGCCCGGGGAGCCCGCCCUCGUGUUUGUGGCCUCCACCACGGGCCAGGGAGACCAGCCCAGCAACAUGCGCCAGCUGUGGAAGUUCCUGCUGCGCAAGAGCCUGCCGCCGGGGUCGCUGGGCGGCAUUCGGGCGGCGGUGUUUGGGCUGGGCGACUCGGGGUAUCCCAAGUACAAUGUGGUGUCCAAGAAGCUGUACCGCCGACUGGAGGCGCUGGGCGCCGCCAUGCUGCUGCCGCUGGGCCUGGGCGACGACCAGCAUCGCAGCGGGUAUGAGGCGGCGCUGGAUCCCUGGCUGGAGCUGCUGUGGCCCGCGCUGCGUGCCUGCUUCCCGCUGCCGCCCGGCGCCUCGGAGCCGGCGCUGGGGGACACCUCCGCCGAGCUCGAGGCGGCGGCGGCGGCGGCCGCCGCAGAUGCCGCUGCCGGGGCCAGCAGGGACGGCGCCACCACAGCCGGCAGCGCCGCACACUGGGAAGCGCUGGCUGCGGCCCGCCAGUUUGAUGUGCAGCAGCAGCAGCAUGGAGGAGGGCAGCAGCAGCAGCAGCAGCAGCAGCCCGCCAGCAGCCGCGCCGCAGCGGGGCCAGCCACGACGGACGGGCCGCGCGGCGGCGGCGGCGGCGGCGGGUACGGCCCGUACCGCCCGUACUGGUCUCGCCUGGCCUCCAACCGCCGCAUCACCGCGCCCACCCACUUCCAAGACGUGCGCCUGCUGGAAUUCGACCUGGGCUGCUCCGGCAUCUCCUACCAGCCGGGCGAUGUGCUGGCGCUGGUGCCGCAGCAGCCCGCGGCGGCGGUAGACGCGCUGCUGGCCCGCUGCGGCUGGGACCCUCAGGCCUGGGUGCUGCGCCAGUGUGUGCGUGAGGAGGCGGAGGCGGAGCGCCUGGCCCACUUCUCCUCUCCAGAGGGGCGGGACGAGCUGUACGAGUACAACCAGCGGGAGGGGCGCACGGUGCUGGAGGUGCUGGGCGACUUCAAGUCGGCGCAGCCGCCGCUGGAAUGGCUGCUGCAGGCCGCCCCCCGCCUCCAGCCCCGCCUCUUCUCCAUCGCCUCCAGCCUGGCGGCCCACCCGGCCCGCGCCCAGCUGGCGGUGGCGAUCGUGGAGUGGGCCACGCCCUUCAGGCGCCGCCGCCGCGGGGGCGAGGUGCUGGUGCCUGUGUGGGCGGAGCGCGGCGCGCUGCGGCUGCCCCCCACCCCCGCCACGCCGCUCAUCAUGGUGGGGCCAGGCACGGGGGUGGCCCCCUUCCGCGCUUUCCUGCAGGAGCGGGCGGCGGCGGCGGCGGCGGCGGCGGCGGCGAGCGCAGGCGAGGCCCCCUUCCCCGCCCCCAGCAUGCUGUUCUUCGGCUGCCGCAGCCAGGCGGGCGACUUCUACUUUCGGGAGGAGUGGGAGGCGAUGCAGGCGGCGGGGGUGCUGGCGCCGCCGCCCGCCGGCCUGCUCACCGCCUUCAGCCGGGACGGCCCCCGCAAGGUGUAUGUGCAGCAGCGCAUCCGGGAGCACGCGGCCGAGGUGUGGCGCCUGCUGCAGCAGCAGCCUCACGGCGCCUGGGUGUACGUGGCGGGCAGCGCCGACAAGAUGCCGGCGCAGGUGGCGCAGGCGUUUGAGGAGGUGGCGGCGCAGCAGGGCGGCAUGGCGCCCGCAGACGCGGCCGCCCUGCUGCGGCGCAUGGAGCUGUCGGGGCGGUACCAGGUGGAGGCGUGGAGCUGA